AUGGCUACCACCUCAGCGCCCAUCACGCAUAAGGCGCCGGUGAUGUUCUGUGCACCCGGCAACCCCCAAGACCCUAAAACCAGUUUCGGGGGUUAUGGCGACAGCAUUGACUCCAUCGUGCCAUGGCCUGGUGGUUCCCAAAUCAGUAUCGCGACGAUGUCGAGCGGUGCGGUCCCCAGCUGGGUAUUAGACAUUAUGAAAUCUGUCGUUGAGGAGUGGCUAAGAGGUCUGGGUGGUGGGCUUACCGUGGAAUGGCUCCCUGCUGGCAGUGCCGCGAAAAUCCGCAUUUCGUUCCAAAAUGAUGUGCCCAAUUGGAGCUGCGUUGGCGCUCGCGCUCGUCUGUAUGAUCAAUCUAAGCCAACAAUGAACUUCAACUUUGGGGGCUGGAAAGACGAUAGAGUGGUCUACUCUCAUGCAUACACCAAGAGACUGGCUGCGCAUCUCUUUGGCCAUGCGCUGGGAUUACCUCAUGCUCAAGUGAAGCAGACUCUAUCAUACAACAAACCCGAACUUGAAAAGCUUUGCGGCGCUUACUACGCUACUAUGAUUCAGUCCGCAACAGGUUGCCAGAAGUUGCAGGACAGCUCCUCAAUUAUGCACCACGACCUCCCAUCUGCCCUGAGAAGCAGCGGCGCAGAUUCACUCCAUGGUGGUCGUGUCAUUGAUGUAGAGGCACGCAGCCUUCUGCAAUCGCUCUAUCCCUUGCUGCCGAAGCCCCUAUGCGACCGCUUUAGUAUCAGAAACCUCAACGGCUUCAAGGAGGGACUGAAUGCUAAUGGAGUACAUAAGGCAAUAACAUCAAAGACGAACAAUAUAGUGGCAGGACUCUGCCGACUGGAUAUGGGCACUAAUGGCAACUUCCGCCUCCAGUCGAAGAUUACCGACAUUAAAAAGAAGAAAGAAUACACAUGGGAAGUGGGAACUUGGGCUGACACCAAUCUUUUUGAUGCCUCAUAUUCUAUCCUUUCGUUCGAAGAAGAGGACCAGAGAGUGCAGACCGGUCACACCGAGUGGAAGUACCUAUCUGGUGGAAAAUCGCGUUCAACCCACCGGAGCUUCACUAAGCCGUUCAGGACCAUACCCGAAGUAAUCGUCUUCAUUACAGGAUUCGACACUUUAAAGGGGCGUAAUAUCCGCAUUAGCGUGUCCGCUUCAAAGGUCGACAGGAAUGGAUUCACAGUGAACAUGGAGACGUGGGCUGACUCCGAGAUCUACAACCUCACUGUCUCUUGGAUCGCGCAUGAGUCAGAUGAGUGGACAAUCCGAUCCGGCGACCUCACCUAUCCGGUCUCUCCGUUCGAAACAACGCGCGAGAGCAGUCGCACCGAGUCCUUCAAGAGUCCAAUGUCGAGGGACCCUUUGGGCAUAUUCUUGGCCUUCACGUACAUUGACGCGCCCGGCAACUGUCCUAUUCGCCUAAAUUUGAGGUCGGAAAUGACACAGGAAGGGGUAACGGGGGUAUUCUCGACGUGGGAGGAGGAGAGCAGGUUUUAUCGAUGUCGCGGAUGUUAUUUUGCCUACUGUUAG